UUUGGUUCUGUUUGAGCUUGAAAUAAUUAUCUUUUCGUAUUUCAAAAAGAGCUUUUAUUACAUACCAAAGCCAACGAUGAAAAAACCGUCAUUGAGUUACGCAAUCUGAAAGGUGUAAAGGGCAGUAUUACAGUCAUAAACCAACUUCUUUUAAGUUACAGCUAGCUAUAAAUCUUCGAAUUUCUAAAUUUUUCUAAUUUCAAAAUAGUUGGCGAAACUCGACAAGAACUAAGCGAAGUGGCCACUCGACUUACUACCAGAAAAAGGAAUGGGCCGGAAAAUCCUAGAAAAUCCCAAUUUCGAAAAAAAAAUAUCUAUGCGGUAAAGUGUGGGUAACGAAAGAAAGGGAGGAGAAGGCAUUACUUUCCGGUAUUGUUGUAGAUAAACUCUGACGGUGGGACCCACAGGGCAAGAUAAACAUAAGAACAUACACACAACCGUUUGCGUUGCUCCCAGGCCCACCAUAAGACAAGCGAGAGAAGAAUACGAUGAUAAUGAAAGAAAAAGUGAACCGUAUACAUCCCCUGCGAAGUUUCUGGAUCCCUUCUAUACUAUACUCGCCCCUACUACAAGAAAAUGUUGAGUAGUGCCAGGAAUUCACAUUUUUCAAGGAUUUGCUGUUUUUUAAAAACUAUCGACGAAAAGGUUUUUCCCUCGACCAUGUAUAUAUAUUCACAGCAAACGACCGCGCUGCCGUGAAAGCUAAACGCGGACACAAAGAAAUGGAAAGAGAAGACGACGUACGUGUAUAAAACGAUUCGGAUAGCAACUGCCAAAGUCUGGAACCCCGCGCCGUCGGACUCGGACCGCAUUUCUAACCAGCUGUUCCAUAUAUGAAGUUUAUCCAGCGACGUAACCAGUCUGCCUGUGUUGCUGCAGACCAAUCGCAUCGUGUGUGUAUAUUCACAACAGUCUCGGCAACCAGCAGCAGCAGCAAAGUGUUGAAACAAAUAAAAGACUCUAGCUCAGCCUAGAGCUUUUUCCUUUUCUCUGUACAUUUAAAUGAGAUUUACGACCGAUACAAAAUCUGCUGGUCGUAUUGGGUUCGAAGGAAACAACUUAUAAUAAUACACAGGCCAGUUUCAAACUGAAUGUUUCAAAUGCAGCAUAGGGAGAGAGUCUAAUGUGGACACGGCUCUUAAUGUAAACUCAAAAACCUUGGAAACGUCAUCGUCUCCGCGGACGACUUACAGAGGAGAGUGGUGGUGGUGGUGGUGGUGGGGGGGACUCGAAUUUCAGUUCAAAGACCUUGAGGUAGGUUGCAAGAUAUGCGCCACAUCGUCUUGUUCUUCUUCAGCCAACAGCCGGAGGCUUAUAUACUCUUUCAACCCUCUUACUGCUCGCAGCCGCUCCUCCUCCUCCUCGUCUUCCUGACUUUUGCUGUUGCUGCUCUUACUCGGACCUCUUUUGCAAGUCAUUUGCUCCACACUCUCUUUUAGCCCGGACACAACAGCGGAACGUGCUCGCCAGUGUCUGUGAAUCGUGAGAGCGGAGCACAUGAGUUUGCUGGGUGUGAGUAGACGAUACGACUUGGAGUGCUGGUACGUUACACGAUGGCGGGCCCGGCAGCGCAACAGCAGCAGUCUCCACCAGCACCAGCACCUCCUCAACUUGCACCAUCAGCAGCGGCGCCGAAAACUCGACUCGGAUUGUCUCUGUCUGAACGGAUUAAAGUAAUCGAAGCACGGCAGAUGGGCAAAUCCAUGCGGCAGUUAGCUGCCCAAUUCGGCUGCGGGAAAACGCAGAUUCUCAAUACGCUUGCUCAAAAGGAGAGAUAUAUUCGCGAAUGGGAAGUGAUGGGACGGAAUAAUCCUUCAAUCGGUGCACGGAAACGCUUUCGACACACACGAAACGAACAGAUCAACCGCUCUGUUCACGAAUGGUAUCAACAACAGGCAGCAAGUGGCCUUCGGAUAACAGGCCCCAUGCUGCAAAAACAAGCCAGACACUAUGCCGCUCAUUUAGGAAUAAUGAAUUUUGCAGCUAGCAAUGGAUGGCUUGCAAACUUUCGAAGAUUCUACAACAUCAUUAGCUGCUCUCCACAUCCAAGGAAAAGGAAGUUAGCUACUCCUCUUCAGCCAGAGAGAAAUGGAGAAGAUCACGAUCCGCAAGCCAGCACUUCAAAAUACCAACCUGAUGCAGAAUUCGUACCAGUUGGAUGUGAUGAAACUACCAAAAGAUCUCCACAAAUACCACCUGACAACCCCAAUGAAAAGGAUCCGUUAUUGGAAGAAAACCACCAACGGGAAGUAGAUCCCAUUUCCACGAUUCGCAUCAAAUCAGAACCAGCAUCUGAAGAUGAAGAUCGCAUAGGGAGUUUUUCUUCCGGCAAUCAAUAUUUAGAGAGGCCAUCAGAACGAGCGAUCCAGCAACAAAAUUUAGUCGUGAAAGAAGAUCAGUCAUCAGGGAAAGUAGAUGGGUCUCAUCUUAUUGGAUCUUCUAAGCCAAACGUGAACUCGUCAUUGACCAUAAAUCAUCGAAAACGUCGACUCCUCCAGUUACAACUUAUAGACCAAUCAGCACCACCCCCAAAAAAUAUAGGGCAUUCAAAAAUAGCUGAAACCAAUCAAGCGAUUGGCGUGAUGGAAGAAAGAAGAUUGCCGAGACUUGAUCCGAUACCCCCAUUAAAAGUAUAUUCAACUGAACUCCUGAAUCUUGCUCGUGCGAAAGGUUUGCUCACCGUCACAAUGAAAGAUGACUGUGGCAACGAGUGGGUAGAAAUUCGGCAUUCCAUCGCAUUUUACCGAGUUCCAAGCCAUGGAUAUCCGACACACUUGUCACGGCUCGUUGUUGACUCUAGUCUCCAAUAUUACCUCGAAGUGCUGGGCCACUGCGUCCAAAAAGGAUCUCUAAUCUUUAAGGAUGCCAGCUAUAGUUUUAAUUACACCGAAGCCGCUUCGAUUCUAGAUGACUUGAGCGGCGGGUACACAGUUUGUGAUGGCAUUGAACUUUUGUCAGACAGAGUUGCCGAUCUGCAUAUGAAGAACGUCCAAGAAUUGGGAAGUUCUGAAAACAUGUACGCAACACUUCCCGAUCAAAGGUUCCGAUCAACCGACUGUAGCGUGUGGAUUGAUAGUCGAAUUGGAUUGAAAUGUUUAGCAUGCAAGUUGGCGAGCAGUAAUUUUAUUGCUAACACUCCGAUGGAUUUACGCUGCCCAUCGGUUUAUAACUCGUGAUCCCAUUUUGACCACGAUUAUUUUAAAAUUGUUGAAUUUGUUUUUUAAAAAAUAGUUAUUGAAUAAUCAACUGUGAUGGCUGCUUGUGUAAUAGCUUAAAAUGUCAGAUUUAUUAUAAAUCUGAUGGUGAUUUGCCGUUAGAGAAAAUUUUACUGGUUGCCGUUCACUCGAUGAAAAAAGUAUCGAGAUUUGUGUAACUCUCCAGAAUCCACCGUGAUUCCAGAUCUGCAUUGAAUACAAUCCUUUUCUGCUUCA